AUGCGGCGCGGAAUUGGGGUUGCACACGUUCAGAGGAAGAAUGAGACGCAGCGGCAGAUGACUGAUUUGGGCGCCCAAAUCACGGCAGAGCGUUUGGGGCAAAUAGCGGACCAACUGGAGGGUUUUGAGGAAGCUUUGCGUUCCCUUGCGCGCAAGCACAGGGAUGAGAUUAGGGAGGACCCUAUCAUUCGCGCGCGGUUUCGGCAGAUGGCGGAUUCCCUUGGCAUCGAUCUUAUUUCCUCAAAGAAAAACAUUUUUGCCGGUAUUUUGGGUCUUGGGGACUUUUACUAUGGUUUGGCAGGGAAGGUGGUGGAGUCUUGCAUGAAGGAGCGGAAGUUCUGUGGUUCAUACGUUCCAUUAAAUCGCAUCGUGCAUAUUAUGAAGAGGCAGUAUGGCUCUCAGGGAAACGACGGGAGUCUCUGUGCUAUCACGGAGGCCGAUAUUUGCAUGGCCCUUGACAAGCUACAUGUGUUAGGAGAGGGCUACAACGUGGUAAAACUUGCUGGUGUGAGUUACAUUCAAACCACGCCUGAUGGAACGCGCAGCGCGGAUGACGCUCCACUGCUUGACUGCCUGCUGAAGAAGCGUGCGCAACAGAUUUCCCAUUAUCGGUCUGCUCAAGUAAAGAGCGAAUAUGUGUCUAACAAAGCGGUGCUUGGUGGUGUGAAUUCCGGCCGCGUGGGGGUCUCCCACGCGUUACUGGGCCCCGCUUUGUAUCGCGGCUCUGCUGAUGUUGAAACAGACGUCGAAACUGGCACAACGGAUAUCCCUCUUGAUGUGCAGUGUGUGGCGUUUAGGCAAAGUGAGCUUGAAGCCAGUCUUAUGUGGCGGUCUCACCGUGUUCAGGCUGUUCUUGAACGAAUGGUACAGAACGGGUCAGUGUGGAUUGACCAGCCGUCAACGAUUCGAGGGGAUGAUACCGAAGAGGCACCAAGAAAAAGCUUGAAGAGAGCGACAGAGAUGCAGCAGGCGGAAGCCGUGUACUGGUUUAUCAUUGUUUAA